AUGACAUCCACCGAUCCGGCUACGGAGCAAACCUCCAAAAUACCAAUUCUUCUGCUCAAGACAAGAUCAAGUCCAGGUGAUUCGUAUGAAGACCUCUUCUCAGAAGCCAGCGCCAAUGGAACUGGCUUUGCGCCUCAGUUCGUCCCGGUGCUAUUGCAUCAGUUCCAUGGCGAGGCCAAGACUAAUAUUGUGUCUCAUGCGACAGACGCUACCACAGGACCCUCAGAAACAACAUCAUGGCCUCACCUCCAAAACGUUCCUGUCUACAGCGUCGGUCCUGCCACGACGCGCGCCCUCGCUGCCGCCCCCCAGGACCCUCCGCUCCAAGUCUUCGGCAGCCACACGGGCAACGGUGCCGCCCUGGCUCCCUAUAUCCUCGCCCACUACUAUGAAUGGUACCGUGACCAAGCCCGUCUUACCCUCCCACCACUACUUUUCUUAGUUGGAGAGACCCGCCGCGACAUCAUCCCCAAGACCCUACAGGAUGGUGCUCUGCCUGAUACUGAGCGCAUCCGUGUUAACGAGACGGUCGUUUACGGGACGGGCGUCAUGGAGAGCUUCCCCGUUGAUCUGCGCCGGGUCCUUGGUGAGACGCGCGAUGAUCCGGUCCGCUGGAUCGUGGUAUUCUCUCCUACGGGAUGCGAUAGCAUGCUCCGGGUCAUGGGAAUUUUGGAUGCUGAGACGAACAAAGUAUACAAAGGAUACAAGCGGGACGGUAAGACUUUUAUUGCGACCAUCGGACCUACCACAAGAGAUCAUCUGCAGUCAUUUGGCUUUGAGCCAGACGUAUGCGCCGAGUCGCCCACGCCACGGGGCGUAUUGGACGGUAUACAGGAGUUUAUGUCCAAGAGGAGGCAGAGUUGA